CCCAUCUGCACCCGAUCUGCUGCGUCCCGAACCCAAGCGAACCGACAAUCCAGCUCCCACCACCACCACCACCACCAGCAAGAUGACGUCCGAGUACGACAACAUGACCGAGGAGGAGCGUGCGGCCUUCGAUAAGGCUGCCCGGCAGAAGGAGGCCGAGGAGCAGGCUGCGCUCCCAUACAAGUGGCGCCAGACGCUGAUCGAUGUCGCCAUCACCAUCCCGAUCCCGAAGGGCACCAAAGGCCGCGACCUCUCUGUCGUGAUCCAGAAGAAGCACAUCAAGGCCGGGCUCAAGGGCGCUGAGCCGAUCCUUGAGGGCGAGCUGUGCGAAGCCGUCAAGGUCGACGACUCGACCUGGCUCAUUGACAACGGUGAGCUGGCCAUCCACCUCGAAAAGGCCAACCAACAAUCGUGGUGGAAGAACGUCGUCACGCACCACCCUGCCAUCGACACCACCAAGAUCGAGCCAGAGAACUCGAAGCUGUCCGAUCUGGACGGCGAGACUCGUGGCAUGGUUGAGAAGAUGAUGUUCGAUCAGAGACAGAAACAGAUGGGGCUCCCGUCCAGCGACGAGCUCAAGAAGCAGGAUAUCCUCAAAAACUUCCAGAAGCAGCAUCCCGAGAUGGACUUCUCGAAGGCCAAGUUCUCGUGAUCGUCCCGACUUGCGACAUGCGCUCCCGGCUCCGCUGCAUAUCCCGGUCUCGCUGUGGGUACUCGGCUGGGAGUAUAUCUGCAAUACAGCUACGUUGCCAACGA